CAGCCUCAAGACACAAAGAAGAUCAAGUCACGCUGCGAUGAAAGGAGACAAAGUGGGCCUUCCCAAUGGUGCUGGCCAAGCCAAGGAUCUGAUGCCUCCCUCAGAGGAGAAGAUGGAGGAGCGGGGCCAGUGGAGCAACAAGAUGGAGUUUAUUCUGUCUGUCGCCGGCUCCAUCAUCGGCCUGGGGAACAUGUGGCGCUUCCCGUACCUCUGCUACAAGAACGGAGGAGGUGCGUUUCUCAUCCCCUACCUGAUCUUCCUGUUCACCUGUGGCGUCCCCGUCUUCUUCCUGGAGACGGCCCUGGGCCAGUACACCAGCGAGGGAGGCAUUACCUGCUGGAGAAAAAUCAGUCCGUUGUUUGAAGGUCUUGGUUAUGGCACCCAGGUGAUAGUGACUCUGUUGAACUUCUACUACAUCAUUGUUCUGGCCUGGGGGAUUUUCUACCUCUCCUUCUCUUUCUCCUGGGACCUGCCGUGGUCGUCCUGCAACAACACAUGGAACACAGAAAACUGCGUGGAGUUUCAGAGGAGAAACACCUCAAUCGACCAAACGCUCAACCUAAACGCCACCUCUCCUGUCAUAGAGUUCUGGGAGAGGAGAGCGCUGAGGAUUUCCCCAGGCCUUGACCACAUGGGCUCACUGAACUGGGACCUGGCCCUGUGUCUAUUCAUCGCCUGGGUCAUGUGCUACUUCUGCAUCUGGAAGGGGGUGAAAUCCACAGGAAAGGUGGUCUACUUCACGGCGACCUUCCCCUAUGUGAUGCUGAUCGUGCUGUUGAUCAGGGGGCUCACCCUGCCCGGAGCCGGGAUUGGCAUCCAGUUCUACCUUUAUCCAGACCUGGGACGACUUGCAGACCCACAGGUGUGGAUGGACGCAGGAACCCAGAUCUUUUUCUCCUACGCCAUCUGUUUAGGGUCGCUGACUGCUCUGGGGAGUUACAACAAAUACAACAAUAACUGUUACAGAGAUUGCCUGGCAUUGUGCUUUCUGAACAGUGGCACCAGUUUUGUGGCGGGCUUUGCGAUCUUCUCCAUCCUGGGUUUCAUGUCCUUCGAACAGAAUGUUCCCAUCUCAGAAGUGGCAGAAUCUGGUCCUGGGCUGGCCUUCAUAGCUUACCCCCGAGCUGUGAGCAUGAUGCCUUUCUCUCCUCUGUGGGCCGCCCUCUUCUUCAUCAUGAUUGUGUUUCUGGGGCUUGACAGCCAGUUUGUGUGUGUCGAGAGCCUUGUGACGGCGAUAGUCGACAUGUACCCCACUGUGUUCAGACGUAAAAACCGCAGGGAGCUCUUCCUGUUGGCUGUGGUCUUAAUCUCCUUCUUGAUGGGCCUCAUCAUGCUGAUGGAGGGAGGCAUGUAUGUUUUCCAGCUCUUUGAUUACUAUGCAGCCAGUGGCAUGUGCCUUCUCUUCAUGUCCAUUUUUGAGACUGUCUGCAUCGCAUGGGUCUAUGGUGCGGAUCGCUUUUAUGAUAACAUUGAAGACAUGAUUGGCUACCGCCCAGGACCUUACAUCAAGUACUGUUGGUUGUUCCUCACCCCAGCCACAUGUAUUGGUACCUUUGCCUUCUCUCUCAUCAAAUAUACUCCUUUAAAGUAUAACAAUGAGUACGUGUACCCGUGGUGGGGAUAUGUCAUUGGCUGGCUGCUCGCUCUCUCCUCCAUGGUCUGUAUCCCGCUUUGGAUGGUGUACAAGAUCAGCACCACCCAAGGGACGCUCAGAGAGCGCAUUCAGUUGCUCAUCACACCAUGUGACACUUUACCCAAAACAAAGAGGGAGCAGGAGAAGUUACUGGCCAUCUUUUCUCCAGAGGGAGAGGCCACCAUGGCUAGGAAUGGCUACUAUCCCGUCUCAGAGACUGACUCCAACUUAUGAGGCCCCAGUGGUGAUGUGUGUGGGAAAGACGUGUGGGUUUUGGUUCCAUCCUUCACUUGCUGCACCUUUGCCUCCAUCUCAAAGAUCACUGCAGGGAAAAGUCACAAUAAAGUGUCACACCAUCAUCUACUUUAAUGCAUAACAGAUAUGGAGGACUCAGGAGAUAAUGGGCCUGCAGUGUGUUGGUUUUGGCAGCGCCUGUAAAUUCUAGUAAUGUGAUAAAAGAAGAAGAAAAUUGAAAGUCAGUUAUUGGAUUACUUAGAAGUUUUAGAGGGGGCAGGGGCAUUUUUUUCAGGGACAAAAGUUAUUUACUCAAACGGAAAUCUAUUAAUACAUCGGCAUAUAUUGUCCGGCUCUGCAUUUCACAGAUGAUGUAAAUGAAACGAUUCAAGGUCAGAUGAAAUUUACGAGCCCGCCUUGUUGUUCGAGGCAUGUUCAGCUCAUCCAGGCUGUUCCACCAAAAGUUUAAAAAUAAAUGAUUUAGUUUGCAUACUAAGGAUAAAGUUUGUCAAAAUGUGAGACUAAGACAGCAAAAUUAGAACUGGAUCAGGUUUGUUAGUGCUAUAUGUAAAUUUCUUUGAAGCGUUUUUGUGGAUCUGACAUCACGUCAUGGCUACAUAGCCAUAUUUGUAUCAUAUAUUGUAUUAUCAUAACUGAUUGGGAAAAGCUUCCCUUUUGUUUUUACAAGAGUUGAAAUAAAAUGUUGUGUUUCGCAUGAAUAGACUGCAAUGAAAGGACAUAAUGUCAGUCAGAAUUAUAAUACUCUAGCAGUGGGAGUAGCAGUAGGACUAACAUGACA